AUGCUAUAUUUUUUUAUUAUUCCGUUAUGGAGACAGAAUAUAAUAUAUUUUUCGCAUCUAUCUAUCACAGUCUUCUUUCUCUGUCUCUCUCUCUCUCUCGCUGUCUCUCUCUGUCUCUGUUUGUCCGUUUGUGUGUCUGUUUGUUUUCAAACUUCUCUCUCUCUCUCUCUCUCUCUCUCUCUCUCUCUCUCGUUUAUCAAAUUUGCACUCUCUCUCUCUCUCUCUCUCUCUCUAUCUAUCUAUCUUGUCUGUCUAUUUUUUUUAAUCUCACCAUCAUAUUUCACUCUGUCCCCCUUUCACCGUUUUUCUCCCUUAUCACUAUACCCUUCUCUCUCUCUCUCUGUUUUUCUCUCAUAUUUCUUUCUCGUUCUAUCAUCUCCCCCCCUUCUCUCAUUUUCCAAUCCCUCACUUUUUCUCUUUCACCUUCUCUCAGUCUGUCUGACUCCUUUUCCUUUUACUUUCACUUUCACUUUCUCUCUCAUUUUUCUCUUUUCCUCUCGCCUUCUUUCGCUUUCAUUUUCAUCUCUCGUUCUAAUUUUCUUCUUUCCUUUGUUUAUUUUUUUCUUCCUUCUCUUUUUCUCUUUUUACAGCAUUUCAAUCUUUGUCCCUCUUACAUUUAUUUUCUCUUUCACUUCUCUCUCUCUCUCAUUUUUCUCUUUUUCUCCCAUUUCGCUUUCCCUCAUUUUUCUCCCUCUUUUCUCACUCAUUUUGAUCUCUCGUUUCUUCUCUUUUUUCUUUCUCUCCCAUUUUCUCUCUUUCUCUCUCUCUCACUUUCUCUCAUUCUCUCUCAUUUUGUUCUUUCUCUCCCAUUUUCUCUCUUUCUCUCUCUCUCACUUUCUCUCAUUCUCUCUCAUUUUUCUGUUUUUCUCACUUUCGCUCUGUCUCCUUUUUCUCCCUUCAUUCUCACUCAUUUUGAUCUCUCGCUAUAAUUUCUCUCUCUCUUUUUUCUCUUUUUUCUUUCUUUACCAUUUUCUCUCUCUGUCUCUCUCUCUUUCACUUUCUCUCAUUCUCUCUCAUUUUUCUCUUUCUGUCCUUGUUCCUUCUCUUCUUCAUUUUCUCCCUCCAUUCUCACUCAUUUUGAUCUCUCGUUAUAAUUUGUCUCUCUCCUUUUUUCUCUUUUUUCUUUCUCUCCCAUUUUCUCUCUCACUCUCUCUCUCUCUCUCUCUCUUUCUCUCAUUGUCUCUCAUUUUUCUCUUUCUAAUCUCUCUCUCUCAAAGAAAAAUUGUCUCUCAUUUUUCUCUAUCUGCCACUCAUUUUAUUUUCUUCUCUCUCUCUCUCUCUCUCUUUCACUUUUGCUCAUCCACUCUCAUUUUUCUCUUUCCCACGUUGUUCAUUCUCUCAAUUUUUCUCUCUCGAAUCACAUUCUUCUCUCUCUUUUCUCAUUCAUAUUCGUCUCUCUUUCUAAUUUUUCUCUCUCUUUUUCUCUUUUUUCCUUCCUUUAACAUUUUUCUCAGUCUCUCUCACACUUUUUCUCUUUCACUUUCUCUCAUUCUCUGUCAUUGUUCAUUUUUUUCUCCAUUUUUUCUAGAUUUAAUUUUUUCUCCCUUUUGA